GAUGAUGAUGAGAGAGAGAGAGAGAGAGUGCUUAGUUUAGUUUAGUUUAGUUUAGUUAAGUUAAUAGUUACUGACUGUGUUUCUCUGUCACUCAGUAUUGGUCUGCUUAACAGCACCACCAUGCUCUGAUCACUCAGGUUUAUAUAUUUAUUUAAUCAAUCAGUCACACACUUUCGCUUUCUCUUAGCUCUAAACUAAACAUAAACAUAAUAACAAAAAGAGAAAAAGAAAAAUUAAAAUAAAGCCCAGAUUUAAAAUCUCAAUCUAGAGAGAGAAACAAACAUAAAAAUUAUGAAACCAUCUCUCUCCCAGUUUCUCUCUCUAAAACCACCGUUCUCAUUUCUUCUCCUUCUCCUCAAUCUCAGUGCUUCAGCAUUCUAUCACUUUCUCCCUCUAUAUAUCUCUGCAUCUGCGUGUCUUUGGAUCUAGCUGAGUACGAGCAUUUGGAUGUGAAGUUGUGAGAGAGAGAAAGCGAAAGUAAGAGAGUGUGUGGUUUUGGUUUCGGUUAGAUCGGAGAUGGCGGAUUUUUCCGGCGAUUCUGGAGCGGAGGCGGGUGCGGCGGUGACGCCGGCGCCAUUGACGGUGUCGGCGUCGUUCAAGGAAGGGAAGAGCUCGUCGAGGAGGAGAGCUUCGAUGAGGCCGAGCCUGGAUGCGGACGAGUUCAUGAACCUACUGCACGGUUCGGAUCCGGUGAAGGUGGAGCUCAAUCGGCUCGAGAAUGAAGUUAGAGAUAAGGACAGAGAGUUAUCAGAAUCUCAAGCCGAGAUCAAAGCCUUGAGGCUUUCUGAACGGCUCAGAGAGAAGGCCGUUGAAGAGCUUACUGAAGAAUUAUCGAAGGUUGAGGGGAAGCUGAAGUUAACAGAAUCUCUACUAGAAAGCAAAAAUCUUGAAAUAAAGAAAAUCAAUGAUGAGAAAAAGGCAUCAAUGGCAGCUCAGUUUGCCGCUGAGGCCACUCUCCGAAGGGUUCAUGCAGCUCAGAAGGAUGAUGACAUGCCUCCUAUAGAAGCUAUUCUUGCUCCUCUGGAGGCUGAACUCAAGCUUGCACGCCAAGAGAUUGCUAAACUCCAAGAUGAUAAUAAAGCUUUAGAUCGUCUUACCAAAUCUAAAGAAGCAGCACUUCUGGAAGCUGAGAGGACUGUCCAGGUUGCCUUGGCUAAAGCUUCCAUGGUGGAUGAUCUCCAAAAUAAAAAUCAAGAGCUAAUUAAGCAGAUUGAGAUUUGCCAGGAAGAGAAUAAAAUUCUGGACAAAAUGCAUAGACAGAAGGUGGCAGAGGUUGAAAAGCUUACCCAGACUGUAAGGGAGCUUGAAGAGGCUGUCCUUGCUGGUGGUGCAGCUGCAAAUGCUGUGAGAGAUUAUCAGCGGAAAGUUCAAGAAAUGAAUGAGGAAAGAAAAACUCUCGACCGAGAGUUAGCUCGUGCCAAGGUAACUGCAAACAGAGUAGCUGUGGUGGUGGCAAAUGAAUGGAAAGAUGCUAACGACAAAGUCAUGCCUGUCAAACAAUGGCUUGAAGAAAGAAGAUUCUUGCAGGGAGAGAUGCAGCAACUUCGAGAUAAGCUCGCUAUAGCUGAGCGCACGGCAAAGUUUGAAGCCCAGUUAAAAGAAAAAUUUCAAUUACGGCUUAAAGUGCUACAAGAGAGUUUGAGAGAAACACCUAACAGUAUUAAUCGCGGAACCCCAGAGGCUAGAAGUGCUAGUAAUGGGCCUUCUCGACGCCAAUCCCUAGGUGGAGCUGAUAACAUCUCAAAACUGACUUCUAAUGGGCUUUUAUCAAAGAGAACAUCAUCCUUUCAAAUGAGGUCCUCUGUGUCCUCCAGCACAGUCUUGAAACAUGCUAAAGGCACAUCUAAAUCUUUUGAUGGUGGUACAAGGUCACUUGAAAGGAGUAAAAUUCUUCUAAAUGGAAAACCUCCUAGUUAUUCAUUCAACCAGUCUUCUGAAGGAACCAAGGAGAAAGAGGAAAAUGAUAACUGGAAAGGAAGUUCAGAUGAUAAGCCAAAUGAGUUCCCAGCGGUAGACACAGAGGAUAGUGUUCCAGGAAUUCUGUAUGAUUUGUUGCAGAAAGAAGUCUUAGCCUUAAGGAAAGCUGGUCAUGAGAAAGAUCAAAGCCUAAAAGAUAAAGACGAUGCCAUUGAGAUGCUAGCAAAGAAGGUGGAUACAUUGACUAAAGCCAUGGAAGUUGAGGCAAAGAAGAUGAGAAGAGAAGUAGCUGCCAUGGAGAAGGAGGUAGCUGCAAUGCGUGUGGAGAAAGAACAAGAGAGCAGAGCAAAGCGGUUCAGCAGCAUAAAGGGUCCUGUAAACAAUGCUCAGCAGCAACUCAUUUCUGGAAGGAGCGUGACACGGGGUGGAUUAACACGCAGCACGCAAUAGCAAUAGGUCUAUUGCAGUGGCACUGAGGAGUGAACUUUCUCAUAUUAUCAUUCUUCUGGCCUUCUCUGUUGAUUUUUUCUUUUUUAAAAAAAUCUUUUACUUUGCCUUUUCCCCCUCAAUUUGAUUAUAAGAUUGUAACUGGCAUGCCAACGACCAUUGUUCCCUAUAUCGGCCAUGGAUUGAGAGUUAGAAAAGAAUUUAAGGAAUGGGUAUGCAUCUGACCUAGAAUGUUGUAUUGCAUAGAGAGAGUGAGAUCGGCUAAGAAGGCAGGCAAAGGAAGACAAUUAACAUGGAGCUAACCUUCAGCUUUUCUUCGAGUGGUUGUGUGGUUGUUGUAUAGCUAGAUCCUUUCUGCAGUUGAUAUUUGUGAUACGCAGAUAGUGUGAUUGUGUUGGUUCGAGUUUGUUAAUAUCCUUUGUACUCAUCAAGAUCUAAGCUUAUGGUUGUGUCAUACAUUCAUAGUUUCAACUUCAUAAUAUUUUCUUGUUUGAUUGAAAGGCGCAUUGUUGCCUCUACACUUGUUUCUCCGUUCUUGAUAGCUCGAGGGUACUGUUCGAGUCCGUUGUACCUCCAGCUCCAAUCUUGUCCAACGAUGUGAUAUAAUUUAAAUCUUUUGAUCAAGUUUGGAUC